AUUAAAUUAUUGACAGAAAUAAAGAGUAUUUCCGUUUCUCAUUUAAUUUGUGCAACUUUGUGAACAUUGAACAAUUUUAAUCAAGUAACAAAUUAAAUAAUUAAGAUGAUUUGUAAUUUUUAUUUUCAUACAUUCCUUUUUUUAUUGCAAGAAGACAGUACACAAGAUUUCAGACCUUUACACAAAUACGUUUCAGUUGGAAAUAUCGAGAAGAUCAUAGGUAAUACCUAGGCUAGAUCUAAGUUUAGAUCUUCUUCUAAACAACAGUUCAGCCGCAGAUCCAGGGUCGGUUUAAGCAAAUUAAAAAAAUCUAAAUAACAUCGUACACAGCCUAAAUAAAAAAAAAACAUUUUUCUGUCUGUUGACAACGACAAUGCCAAAAUAGUCAAAUGUGAAAAAACAGCUGGAGCUUAUGUUCAUUAUGAUCACUGUAAUAUUUAAAAGUUAUCGCCGCAGAUAUAGCUUUUAUUUUAGGAUAUUACUGUACGGAUUCUUACUGUCUGUAUUAAAUUGCGAGAUAGAUGCUCAGAGAUCUCAAGUCGAAGUUAGGGCUGUAUUCAUUGAUUGUGAGCCUAACAACAGAAAAGGUACAUCUGACGACAGCGACAACGCCCGAUUUCAACGCGAGGAACUUUUCAAACAUAACAAUUUACGUGAAUGUAAAAAGAAAUUGGCUCUCACUGUAAAAAUGACAAGUGAACCUGGAACGAGUUCAGGCGAUGAAUAUAUACCAAUAGAGCACGUAUUCGAUGGUUCAAAAAGAAAGCGCGUGCGUUUACUUGACCCCUUCGUACUGCGACUUCGUCGGGAGGCGCCGGUUCAGGCAUACAAGAUACAUAGGAUAGAUACUGUGAGCGGGAUAUUAUCAAAUGUAGAUGAUGAACACGUCUUACGCAAAAAGAACAAAAACAGCCGACUACAGCACGACAUUCAAACUGCAGUCCAUAGUUCAGAUAGUUACAAGUAUCAAACAGUGCACACGUUGGAGCGCAAAAAACGCGUCAAUCCCUUUCUAAACAUGACCAUUGGUGAGAUGUCCACCAUACCUCCGUAUUUACAAGGUCCUAAUAUAGUUUGUCGAGGUGAAUGUAAGAGUACACCAACUAAACAAGCAAAGCGUCAGAAGAAACCACCUACCGCAGAGUAUUUCGACGCGGACCAAAUUUCGUAUUGGAAUAUACAUGAUUAUAAUCAGAUUCUUUUCCAAGAUAGAGAAACACGUGAUAUCUUUAAAAAACGACGUCAACUCAAUAUGAGAAAAAGAGGAAAUCAUGGAUUUCCUUACAACGAGAAACAAGACGAUAAAUACGAAAUUCCAACAUUAGACGAUACAACAUACGGUACCCUACAACAAGAUAAUUUUAAUAAAAAUUUAAUCAACGAAUUUUACGAUCCGUACAAAAUGGAAUCAACGACAUUUAAUCAAUUUUAUUCAAAAGAUGCUUUCGAAAUAGAUGAAGAAACGACAACUGAAUCAACGAAUGAUUCUCCGAAAGUAAGAAACGGAGAAAAACAAUAUGCAGUUUAUGAGAUCGGUAAUCCUGACUUGUGGUAUACCGUUAACAUCCAAUUGUACGAAAAAUUGAGUACACCAGAAGGAAAAACUGUUUGGAACGAUAUUACUAAGGAAGAUGUAGCUAGUGUGAGUACUCAACGCCCUGUGUGGAGCAACCAGGACAUGAGUAUCCAGUAUCGACCUGCGGAGUGGCUCUCACACGAAGAGUUCGCGCUGCCCAAAACAAGCCUCUGUCUACUGAUACCUAUACGCGGCACAAAUAUAGCUAACUCGGAACAUAAGUCAGAUUCACUUAUAGAUAAAUUUGGUGAAUUCCUGGUGCUAGCAAUAGAUGACAUCCUAUUUGAAGAUACAAAAAAGAUGAAACAAAACUCAUCACACGUACCUAUGAGUAACGCAUCUCAAGAAUUUAAGAGUCCUCGCCGUGUGGUUAUCCGUGAGUCGCGGGCAGUGAUGGGCGGCAACAUGGAGAGCCUCAUGUUCGCGUCGCGCGGCUCCGACCAGUAUAUGUUGAUCCCGCACCGAAGGCCGCAUCAUUCGCAAAUAGACGUCGAGUCUCGCGCAGAUGGAAACCAAUUAAUUCACGUUGGAUCUUCUGGACGUAUCAUGACAGCCGUGUCGGACAACACGCGGCGAACAAGAACAGCGUUUACUUUACAAGUUACUAAUACUGGUCUUGCUGCCGCUCGCUUUAGAGUAGCGGCGCGCGACUGUGGCCCCGGCGUGCUCGAUCAGGUAGGCUACAAGGAGCCCGUCGCAAAGGCUGUCAUCAUACCGCCCAAACAUACCCAGCGCUUCCUGCUUGACCUGCCUUUCGAAAUACCUGACGACUCCGCACAUUGCUACGUAACACUGUUGAACGACGACGACGAGUCUAUAGCUGUAAGAGACGUCACAAUCAAGAAGAACGACCGAUGCUAUUGCGUGUGGCAUUGCAAAUGCGUCUGCUUAAGGCUCGUGCGCUCGCUCUGCUACGCCGACAGCGCCACGCUCAACGUCUGCGUCCUCGUCACCGGCGUGCUCGUCGCCCUGCUCGUGCUCGGUCUAAUUAAAGCACUCUUGGGCCUGUUUAUACGAUAUGUUGCCGCGUUGUGGUUGGAUCGUCUUGUAAAGAUGCCGCGGCGACUCGAACACUAUUACGAGACCUCGCUACGAUACCGCCGUGUCAUUUAUGACAACGAAGGCUGGCCGGUACAUCCCGACACGAAUAAACGAACCGUUCAGUACAUCAGCAAAUGCAUGGAAUUCAUAUUGAAUCUGUUAUUCUUCAUUAUAAUACCGUGCGUUCUUGUGGGAGACGCUCUGCGCUACCUUAUUUCGAAGUGUACUAAUUCCGAAACCGCUCCUAAAACAAAGCCAUCUGAAGUUAAAAAGUUAUACAGCGGGCAAGAUAUUCAGGAAGUGAGACACUCUGCGGGGGCUCACUACAAAAAGUUGCGCACAUGGAUGAGCUCGUACGCGGAGGAACUAUCCGCUGACAUCUGGCAGAAAGGUUUAAGCAUUGAAGAAUCACCCAAUCCCUUAACUAUGCGGCCGCUACUCCGCGACGAAUGUUGCCGCAGUCGCCGGUCGGAAGAAUUGCUGUCGUCGUGCGCCGAUUCCGAACAAGACGAUACUGAAUAUGUUCUCAUGCAGAUGCAGAAGAGUCGAGAAUCCCUUGCUAGGAGUCAAAGAAAACUGACGGAAGCAUCGUCGAAAAGUCAAUGGAAGGACGACAUGAUUCCUAGUACUAGUAAGCGAUAA